CAGGGGUUGCCCUUUAAAUUGAAGCUAACGCUAACGGAUGUGAAUACAUGUGAGCCGUUGUCCAACAUAUCGGUCGACAUCUGGCAGUGCGAUGCCGGCGGACACUAUUCAGGUGUCGGUGACGGACAGCCCAUUGAGUCAGACAAAGGCACGUUCCUCAGGGGUAUUCAGAUGACCGAUAAUAAUGGAAAGACAGAGUUCAUGACUAUAUUCCCCGGGUGGUACUCCCCGCGGACAACACACAUCCACAUCCAGAGUCAUUUGGGCGGUCGUACCCUACAUACGGGUCAGUUGUACUUCUCGGAAAAACUGGUCUCACGAAUCGCUCGCUCCUAUCCGUACAAUAACACCAAAACUCGGCGACAAACUAACGAAGAAGACUGGCUGUUCAGGGACUUCAAGGGAUCCGAGUCUGUGGUCAAGAGGAUUAAGACAAUGAGAGGCAACCGGAUUGGCAACGGAUUGGUCGGAGAAAUAGUGAUCGGUUUGGAUCCAAACGAAGACUCAAAACAAGCGCACCAU